AACAGCAGAUUACGAUAAAGUAGCCAGAAAAUUUGUGGUCCGCAGAGAUUUGCCAAUUUUGUCGGGUAUAUGACGGACUAUUAUCGACUUGUUUCACCAGACAAAUCAUUGAAAUACUCCUCCAAUGAUCUGCAGCUAGUUGGCUAAACCACGGCUUCCUAUUCAGGGAGCUUCGUGUACAUGAAAUUCAUGAGCGAUAUACGGGCACCUUUCGAGAAACCGACCGGGCCGGGUGACCAGAGCAGCGCAUGAAGUUUUCAGGCAGGUUUCAUCAUGUCAGAGCGGACUCCUCUUCUGCACUACCGUCUGUCCGCCAGCGUCCAUGACUCCGAGCUGCAGCAGCCUUCGACCGGCCAAACCUUAGUGGAGCUCCCGGGCAGUCCCAGGCAGAGAUGGAGCCAACAUGGGCAGCCCAAGAAACUCUCUACCUUCUUUGGGGUGGUCAUUCCGACUCUCCUGUCGAUGCUCAGCGUGGUUGUGUUCCUGAGAAUAGGUUUUCUGGUAGGCCAGUCGGGUCUGUACCAGGGUAUCGCCAUGUUCCUCGUGGCUUACUUCAUCAUAAGCAUGACGGUCCUAUCAGUCUGUGCCAUAUCCACUAAUGGGGCCCUGGAUGCUGGUGGAGCCUACUACAUGAUCAGUCGAGCGUUAGGUCCAGAGUUUGGUGGCAGUAUUGGCCUCAUGUUCUUCCUGGCCAAUGUGUGUGGCUGUGCCCUUUAUGUACUGGGUCUUGUGGAGGCGGUUGUGGCCACAUUUGGAGUACCGGAAGAUGGAAUAGCCUCUUCCUACCAGGUUCUGCCUUCAGGGUACUGGUGGACAGUCUUGUAUGCCACCGGCAUCGCCCUGCUGUGUCUGCUGGUGUGUCUGGUCGGUGCUCACAUCUACGCCAAGGCCAGCUUCCUCAUCUUCCUGGUGGUGAUGUUUGUACUCGGCACAGUCUUCAUCAGUUUCUUCGCUGUCGGUCCUCGCACCAUUCCUCUCCCAAGUUCUGUAAUCGCCAACCCGACAAACGCAACAGGCCCCACGUCUGGGAACUUUACUGGUUUCAAGCUAGAGACGCUGCUAGGAAAUCUCUGGGCAAACUACACUCUGGACUACACAACAGGCAACACGAUGACCUUCGCCACAGUUUUCGCUGUAAUGUUCAACGGCUGCACUGGCAUCAUGGCUGGCUCCAACAUGUCAGGUGACCUGAAAAACCCCAGCUACUCUAUCCCUCGUGGCACCAUCACUGCCGUAAUUUUCACCUUCAUCAUCUACAACCUGCUCAGCCUGCUGGUGGCAUGUUCAUGUGACCGCAUACUGCUCCAGAGAGACUACAGUUUUCUCCGUGAUAUCAACAUCUGGAACCCCUUUGUUACAAUUGGGGUUUACUCCUCCACUCUGUGUGCUGCCAUGAGCAACCUGAUCGGGGCGUCCCGGAUCCUCUACGCCUUGGCCCGAGACGACCUGUUUGGCAAAGUCUUGUCCCCGGCGAAAAAGACCUCUCAGAGCGGUAAUCCAUGGGUGUCAGUGCUUAUUUCCUGGUUCCUUGUGCAGCUGGUUCUGUUUUCGGGGACGCUCAACACCAUAGCCAGCAUUGUGACCAUUUUCUUCCUGUUGGUGUAUGCUGCUGUAGAUUUGGCUUGCCUGGCUUUGGAAUGGGCAUCAGCACCUAACUUCAGGCCAACCUUCCGUUACUUCACCUGGCACACCUGCGUGCUGGGCAUCGUUGGCUGUGCUGUCAUGAUGUUCCUCAUCAACGCCAUCUAUGCCUCGGCCAGCAUCGCCUUCAUGCUGCUGCUGCUGCUGCUGAUUCACUACCUCAGUCCGACCUCCAGCUGGGGCUACAUCAGCCAGGCCCUUAUUUUCCACCAGGUUCGAAAGUAUCUCCUGAUGCUGGACGUGAGGAAAGAUCACGUCAAGUUCUGGAGGCCGCAGGUUCUGCUCAUGGUCUCGAACCCUCGCAGCAGCGUGGGUCUCAUCACCUUCAUCAACGACAUCAAGAAGAGUGGCCUCUAUGUCCUGGGACACGUCCAGCUGGGAGAUCUCAACACUUUACCGUCAGACCCUCUUCAGAGUCAUUAUGACUCCUGGCUGUCGCUGGUCGACCAUCUCAACAUCAAGGCGUUUGUGAACCUGACACUAGCAGACUCUGUUCGUCACGGCAUCCAGCAUCUGCUGUUCAUCUCUGGACUAGGUGGGAUGCGCCCCAACACCCUGGUUCUGGGUUUCUAUGACGACAGCCGUCCGAGGGACCGACUGAUCGACUCAUCACUCACUUAUCUCAGCCCUGCAGAAGACAGCCUGGGACAACCCUUCCAUUUCGCCUGCCUGCGCGGCUCCGGAGACAGACAAGACGGUGGGGAGUUCGGGGACGGGAAGGUUCUGGGUCCGCAGGAGUAUGUAGCCAUUAUUGCUGAUGCAAUGAAGAUGCUGAAGAACGUGGUGUUGGCUCGCCACUUUAACAGCUUUGAUCGGGCUCAGGUUCUGUCCCAGUCCUCCUCCUUCCCAGGGAAAGCCAGCUUGUUCGUGGACGUCUGGCCCGUGAACCUGCUGCGGCCGGACAGCUGCAGCUACGUGGACACCUGCUCUCUCUUCCUCCUGCAGCUAGCUUGCAUCCUCAACAUGGUGCGAGCCUGGCGCAGGGCCACACUCCGCAUCUUCCUGUGCGUGGAGGAGGGGCGCAGCGUGAAGAACUCGCAGGAGAAACUGGGGCAGCUGCUGAAAGAGCUAAGAAUCAAGGCUCAGAUUUACCCUGUGUCAUGGGACCAGCAGGUGGCGCUACACUGGCAGCGGCAGGGUGAGUGGGGCCAGAAGAAGCUGGCGGGUACAAGCAACACGAUCAACGGGGAGACGGAGGCGAUAAGAGAGGAGGACGAUGCCGAUUACGCCAACAGCUUCCCGAGCAACACCACCCGUCUUUCUGACGACUACUUGGCAGCUGUCAAUCAGCUGAUCUUGGAUCAGGCCCGCCCUCCGCCGGCUGUGCGCUUCCUCUACCUGCCCCGCCCGCCAGCUGACACCCGCCGCUACACGGCCUACCUGCACCAGCUGGAGCUGCUGACACAGGGCCUCGGGCCGACGCUGCUCAUUCACGGUGUCACACCGGUCAUCACUACUGACCUCUGACAUCUUCCAGCUAGGAAGAGCAACGUCAAAACACAACGGAGAAACCUGUGAAACUCCUGCAUAGUUUAUUGAAAUAUUUUUAGGGAGCAUACUUCUGAGACAGACAGUGAUGGGCUGAUGAGGGUCUGUGAAGAACCACCCCCAUUUUCAGAGUUCAGUAGGUGGCGCUGUCCGUUUUAAAAUGAUUUUCAAAACCUAAAAAAUUGUUGUUGAAAUCCAAAGAUUUUCUGCAGACAGUGCCACCCGCUGGCCUCUGAAAAUGCGGACACUGUUUCAUGAAGCCUCAUCAGCCCAUCACUCUUGACUAGCUCUCGCUGCCUUCAGCUCCCAAAAUGUGCCUGAACUUUUAGUAUCUUCUCUAAACUCUCUGUUAGCUACACAGCAUCACAUCAUCGGAGAACCACUGACAGGCUGCUGGUCAGUGCCUCUGAUGACUGAAGACAGAGUUGCGGUUCACAAGACGGAAACUGAAGGAAACCUAUGCACCAACACUUGAACACAAUCACUGAGCAAUGUGAAUAAGUGUGAUCAUUUUGAACAGCCAACAAAAUAGCUCAAAUAACAGUAUACAGGCCUCAUUUGGCUUCGUCUGACGGUUCUCAAAUAAAUGCUGAAUUAUGUGCAGCAUUAAAUGAGUGAGCAGUACUGUGAAGAAAGCUGAAGUCACCAGAGUGUUAGAAAAGACAGUCGUUCCUCCACACUCACACUGAAGGACGGGCUGUGAGAUACUUCAUGUAGUGCAGUUGGGUUCGUUAUUCACCAUCCUGGUCCAUGUCCAGAGGAGAUGCUCAGAUGGCGAGUGCGGCGAUAAAAGCCAAAUGGUCGUUCUCAUCCCUUCUGCUUCUCCCCCACACGGCACGUCAGUCUGCCCUCCAGUGUAAAAGCUGACCCUGCUGUAUUUACAGGACCAAUACAGACUGUGAUUUUCCAUGAGCUUUUAUUAACUAUUAAAGGUACUUUUAAGCUUUGUAGAACAAUUUUAACUGACAUUUGCUUCUAGAGCUGCUUCGACAGAUGUUCCUCAUAAUAUGUGUCAUCAGAGUGGUACCAGCUCCGACAUUUGAACGGUGCUACUCAGAGUAUCAGUUGUUUGCACUAUCAAACAUAGCCAAGACUGACUUUUGGAAUAUUCUUAUGCAGUGUGGGACAUUUUACGUU